UUGAAAUACUUCGUCUUUAUACUUUUGUUUGAUAACUGUGUUCUAGGAAUGUAAAACCGUAUGUCAAAAUCUAAACAUGUACACCGUUAUGGUUUGAGCCAAUCUUCGUCCUGUUUCCUACCCACUAUUUAUAAUUAUUGAUACAAAAGUUUGUCAAUGACAACGAUAGACUGCAUCUUCGAAUUGAUGCCAUGCGUUGCGACCUCGAAGUAAUUUUCCUGACUCUAAUUUCAAAUGUCUUAACCGAACAACAGCCAGGAAUUUGUUCCCAUGGUUCUCAAGGGAAUCCUAUUGAGUGUUGCAAGAAUUAUAGACUUGUUGGAAACACUUGUACAGCAUGCACUCCUGGUACUUUCGGGGAAAACUGCGAGGAAGAAUGCCCAAAAGGAUUAUAUGGACUAUUCUGUAAAGAGAUUUGCUCCUGUGAUCCUUGUGAUAAAGUCACGGGAUGCUCUAAAAAAACAGAGAAAUGCACAUGUGAUUCAGAAGCAAAUCAUGAUUCCACUCAUUUACAUUACCCAAGUAUUUUGAUUUCACUGAUCGGAACUGGUGCUGUUUGUUUUACCUUUUGCGUUGCAAUCAUGUGUAUUUUCAGAGAAAGAAAGCCCGCAAUUGGAAAAUGUGUUGUUUCAACUAUGCAUGAAAGGGAUGUGGCAGCCUCGCAAAAUGUGUAUGAUCAUCUGGGAAAGGAGUCAUAUAACGUUUUGAUGCUUAAGGCAUCUAGUAGUGGAAUCCUAUGAAGUCAUAAAGCUGACGACAGAGAACAGAGAGGGGUCACACUACGGCCUACAUGGUCAAUGUGGCAUUGUACCUUAAAAACUGAUCUAAAACUAUACAUGGGAAGAAAAUAUCACUUUC